UUACCCACCUGUCUAUGUAGUGAUGUGUGCAUUAAUGUAUGUGUAUGUGUUGGCAUAGAUAAUCUAUGUGGAUUUUAAAAAGCAAAAGUUUAGAAAUCUUGCAUCGCUCGCUCCCAACUAAAGGCAAUAGAAAAAUCGAUUGUUCCUAGAAGGGAGAUAUUCUCUGGAACAGUCUUAACUAGACCAUCAUCAGGCCAGUAGACCAGCAGCGCAGGGAGGAUGGAUCCGUUGUUGUAUCUCGGUGGACUGGUAGUUCUCUUUCUGUUGUGGAUCAAGGUGAAAGGCUUAGACUACGUGAUCGUUCACCAGAGAUGGAUAUUCGUCUGUCUAUUUCUGCUGCCGCUCUCAGUCAUAUUUGAUGUCUAUUAUUACAUGCGCGCGUGGCUCAUCUUCAAAAUGUGUUCUGCGCCAAAACAGCACGACCAGCGCGUGCGGGACAUCCAGAGACAGGUACGUGUGUGGAGGAAGGAGGGGGGGAAGACUCACAUGUGUACAGGUCGACCCGGCUGGCUGACUGUCUCUCUCAGAGUUGGGAAAUACAAGAAGACUAACAAGAACAUCAUGAUCAACAUGAUGGACAUACUGGAGGUGGACACACAGAGACAGGUGGUUCGUGUGGAGCCCCUGGUCAACAUGGGUCAGAUCACUGCUCUCCUCAACUCCCUGGGCUGGACUCUGCCUGUGCUGCCAGAACUGGACGACCUCACUGUCGGAGGUCUGGUGAUGGGUACAGGUAUAGAGUCAUCCUCUCAUAUCUACGGACUCUUCCAGCACAUCUGUGUUGCCUUUGAGCUGGUGCUGGCUGACGGCAGCCUGGUCCGCUGCACUGAGGAAGAGAACUCUGACCUGUUCCACGCAGUUCCAUGGUCCUGUGGAACUCUGGGGUUCCUGGUUGCUGCAGAGAUAAAGAUCGUCCCGGCAAGGUAUUGGGUUCGUCUGCAGUAUGAGCCAAUCAGAGGGCUGGAGAACAUCUGCCGUCGUUUCAGUGAGGCGUCUGAGGACAAGAACAACACGUUUGUAGAAGGACUGCAGUACUCACUUGACGAAGCUGUUAUCAUGACUGGCACUAUGACUGACACGGCUGAACCCGACAAGAUCAACAGGAUCGGCCUGCACUAUAAGCCGUGGUUCUUCAAGCACGUUGAAAGAUACCUGAGGGAGAACAACACAGCAGUGGAGUACAUCCCUCUACGCCACUACUACCACAGACACACACGAUCCAUCUUCUGGGAGCUCCAGGACAUCAUCCCGUUUGGUAACCACCCAGUGUUCCGGUGGUUGUUUGGGUGGAUGGUUCCUCCUAAGAUCUCUUUGUUGAAGCUGACCCAGGGAGAGACCAUCAGACAACUGUAUGAGCAGCACCAUGUUGUCCAGGACAUGCUGGUCCCCAUGAAACACAUCCAGACCGCUAUCGCACGCUUCCACCAGGACAUCCAUGUGUACCCUUUGUGGUUGUGUCCGUUUGUGCUCCCCCUGGGCCGGGGGAUGGUUCAUCCUAAAGGUGAGGAGGCAGAGCUGUAUGUGGACAUUGGAGCGUACGGAGAACCCAGGGUUAAACACUUCCAGGCUAAAGCCUCAUGUAGACAGCUGGAGCAGUUUGUCAGAGAGGUGCAUGGGUUCCAGAUGCUGUAUGCUGAUGUUUACAUGGAGCGUAGUGAGUUCUGGGAAAUGUUUGACGGGACGUUGUAUCACCGUCUGAGAAAGGAGCUGGGCUGUCAGGACGCUUUCCCUGAGGUAUACGACAAGAUCUGCAAAGCUGCACGACACUGACCUCUGACCACUAACCCCUGAUCCUUUAACAUCUGCCAUCCCACUAGUAAUACGAUGAAGAUUAGAGCCUUUAAGGAGUGUUCUCAGCCUGUUUGUAUUGUAAAGCCCAGUGAAUGUGAAUGUGCUGAUGAAACAAAUACAGCCUUAACACCAGCCUGUUUUGAUAUAUACUAGCGUUCAAAAGUGUGGGGUCACUUCGAAAUGUCCUUGUUUUUUAAAGAAAAGCACAUUUUUUGUCCAUUAAAAUAACAGCAAAUUGAUCAGAAAUACAGCGUAGA